UAACCCAGCCUCCCUCCUCCCACCGCCCUUACAAGAGAGAGGAGGAAAAAAAAAACUUUUUUUUUAAUUGAGGAAUCAACAGCCGCCAUCUUGUCGCGGCUCGGUCUGCGCCGGAGCUAUCCGGGCCCUGCCAGGCGGUGGAGGAGGAGGAGGACAGGGAAGAGGGAAAGAAGGAAGCUUGUUCGUACACAGUGGGGCUCUCUGCGGCACAGGCGGCGGCUCCUUCUCCCCCCAACACCCGCUAUCUCCGGACCGGGCUUCUACUGCUGAUUAUUCCCCAGUUCGAGGCCCCGCUCCCUGGCUGCUUCUCAUUGUUUUCCCCUCCCCGAGAAGGAAGCGGCUGAGCGCUUAUUGCGUGUGCUGGUUGGAUCGGCGAAGGAUUGGGGCACAGGCCUGACUCCCUGCACCUAUCCCCGGGGUCGGGGGAGUGAGUGAUGCUCCGGGCCUACACACAACCCCUCUGAGUCUGACCCAUUCAUUUUCAGUUUUGGGGGGAGCAGUCCCCUUAUUAGAUUCCCCCAUUUCUAGUGUUGGUCCAUCCCUAAUUACCUUCUUCUCUGUAUAUGAAAUACUGGGACUGCUCACUUCUCUGUUCACAGGGGGUCCCAUUUUGGGGGGUGAUAACAGUUUGGCUGGAUUACUACAUAUCCCAUCUUAUUGCUAAAGGUUAUUGGGGUUGUUUAAUAAAGGGUUCACGUUAAGGAUCACCCAAAGGGGUUUUUAGAGGGGGACACAGAUUUCCAAUGGUUAUUUUUGUUGCUGUAGAAGAAUAAGCGCUUUAGAGACCACCAUACAUAUAAAAGGGUGGGUGCCCCCCAUAUUUUGGGGUGUUUUUUGGGCUAAUAAGAAAUUCUUGUUAUUUGGACCCCCUGCAGAAGACGGGUCUGUUAUUUCUCUCUAUUAGGAGAGCCCCCCCCCCCUUUUAGGUUAGAAGAGUUUGGGUUCUGUAGUUGCAUUGGGGAAUAGGGGGGCUCUGCUCGCAGGGUCCCCCAAAGAAUAAGGCAUGCGGGACCCAAGGGGCUGGUGAGGAUUUACCUGGCACCUGUUUCUUCUUGGAGUGAUACUUUGACUGGCUGUCAAGUGACCAAUCAAGAAAGGAGAGAAGAUGGCUGAGAACCUGCUGGACGGGCCACCCAACAGGAAGAGACCCAAACUGAGCUCCCCGGGCUUCUCUGCUAGCACUGACAGCACAGACUUCUCCUUCUUCGACUUGGAAAAUGACCUCCCUGAUGAGCUAAUUCCCAAUGGAGGAGAACUAAGCAUUUUAGGUACUGGGGGGAGCCUGGGGCAAGAUGCAGCUUCCCAAAAUAGGCAACUGUCAGAUCUCCUGCGUGGUGGAAAUGCAGGGCUUGGAGCAGCUAUGGGCAGAGGAAGGUCUGGCAGUCCAGUGCAACAGGGAUUGGGAUCUCAAGGACAACAACAUAGCCCUGGACUUGGAAAUCUUGGCAGUCUCAACAAGAGCCCACUCAAUCAAGGUUUAUCUGUCACUUCACCCGCUGGACUUACCAAGACAACUGGGACACCUGGUCCAUCUGUUCCUGCCUCCCAAGCACAAAAACAAGUUAGUAUGGUGGCAGGCAGCACAGCUCCAUCACAGGUACCUACAGGCUUAUGCAUGAACUCCAAUUUUAACCAAGGUCAUCAGACACUGCUGAAUAGUAACUCUGGGCACACACUAAUGAGCCAGGCCCAACCAGCACAGGGACAGGUCCUUAACGGAUCUUUAGGUGUUGGAAGCAGGGGUCGAGGAACUGCACUUCAGUACAACUCACCUGCCAUGCAAACUAAUCCAGGAAGUGUCUUGGCAGAAACAUUAACACAAGGGACAGCAACUAUGCCUACUCAUGCAGGAAUGACAACUGCACAGACUGGAGCUAUGAAUAAAAUGGGACUUCCAGGCAACACUAGUCCUUUUGGACAGACAUUUAACCAAGCCGCAGGUCAGCAAAUCCGAGCCCAGGGAGUCAGCCCUCAGCUACCUGCAAAGCCUGCAAUGGCAAACAGCCUUCCUCCUUUUCCCUCUGACAUCAAAAAUGCACCUGUUGCUAAUCUACCCAAUAUGUCUCCUUUGCAGGCUCAAGUGCAGCAAGUUGGUAUUGGCACAACGCCUUCCAUGGGAACAGGCCCAACAGCUGACCCAGAGAAGCGCAAGCUUAUACAGCAACAACUUGUUUUACUGCUUCAUGCACACAAAUGUCAGCGGCGAGAGCAAGCAAAUGGUGAAAUGAGGGACUGCUCCCUGCCCCAUUGUCGCACCAUGAAGAACGUUCUUAAUCACAUGACCCAUUGCCAGGCCGGGAAGGCCUGCCAAGUUGCCCACUGUGCUUCCUCAAGACAAAUCAUCUCUCACUGGAAAAACUGUACGCGGCAUGACUGUCCUGUGUGCUUGCCAUUGAAGAAUGCCAGUGAUAAGCGCAAUCAAAAUCUCCCGGUUUCUUUAGCAAGUGGAGUACAAAGCCCCAUUGGCACAACUGGAGGGGGCCAGCAGACUGCUCCUUCACUAAGCAGCCCGAAUCCUAUAGACCCCAGCUCCAUGCAGCGAGCAUAUGCUGCUUUAGGACUUCCCUAUGGGAAUCCAGCUCAAGGCACUGGGCAGCAGCCAGCGCAGACUCAGGUUCAUCAACAGAUUCGUAACAUGAAUGCACUAGGUGGAAACCAGAUGAAUCUUACAGCGGGAGGAAUGACUGUUGAACAGCAAACAAAUCUGAUCUCUGACACCGCUCUGCCCACUGCCUUGGCAAACUCAAACUCAUUGUUGAGUGAUGGGAAUGGCCAAAGUACAGUUGGCAACCAUGGCACUAUGCCUACAGCAGCACCCCCCUCAUCUACAGGAGUGAGAAAAGCAUGGCAUGAACAUGUGACACAGGAUCUCCGUAAUCACCUUGUACAUAAGCUAGUUCAGGCGAUCUUCCCCACUCCAGAUCCUGCAGCCCUGAAGGAUAGGCGCAUGGAAAACUUAGUGGCUUACGCUAGAAAAGUUGAAGGAGAUAUGUACGAGUCGGCCAACAGCAGGGAUGAGUAUUACCAUUUUCUGGCUGAAAAAAUAUAUAAAAUACAGAAGGAGCUUGAGGAGAAGCGAAGGUCACGUUUGCAGAAACAAGGAAUUAUGAGCAGUCAGGCACCCUUACAAGCCCCUGGAGCACAACCUACGGCCCUUACACAGACAUCCCCUGCACUGGGACAGACUCAGCCUGUGCGGCCAACCAACGGCCCUAUAUCCAUGUCUACGGUACCUAUGAACCGCAUGCAGGUAGCUUCAGGGAUGAACCAGUUCAGUAAUAUGCCCAUUGGGAAUGUUCAGAUGCCCACAGCUCCUAUGGGCCCCCGUGCAGCCUCUCCACUCAACCACCCUGCCCAGAUAAACAACAUGGGAUCGGUGCCAGCUAUGGCCAUGUCUCCUUCCCGAAUGUCCCAGCCACAACCUAUAAUAGGUGCACAUGCAGGCAGUAUGAUAGGGCCGACACAAACACAGAGCCAAUUCUUGCAACAGAAUCAGUUUCCAGCAAGCGCUGGCACCAUAUCUGUGGGAUUGGGCCAGACUGGAGCAGGAGCUGCAGUUUCUCAGCAGGGACAAGCACCGUCUGCAUCUCUGCCCAUCAGUAACUCCAUGAACAUGUUAGGCCCACAGACGAGUCAGCUUCCGAGACCAGCACUUUCCCAGUCACCCCUUCAUCAAACCCCACCUUCUGUUACUGCUUCUGCUGCUGUCAUGCCACCAGUACAGCACCCUGCUCCAGCUGCUAUGACCCCUCCCCAACCCACUGCACCUGCUCAGCCAUCCACUCCGCUGCCUAAUCCUGGGCAUGCUCCAACUCCUGGCUCUGUUCCUAAUGCCAUGCAGUCACAAAGCACCCCAACAGUGCAAGCGGCGGCCCAAACGCAGCUCACUCCACAGCCGCAAACACCUGUGCCCGUUCAAUCGGUACCCACACCACAGCCGGCCCAGCUGCAACCUACGUCUGUGCAUGCACCAGCUCCUGGCACUCCGGCAGCAGCAAGUGUAGAUAAUCAUGUGCGGACCCCAGCUUCUGUUGCCAGCACGGACAACCAGCCAGCUCCAGAUCAUUCUAUGACAGAAGUGAAAGUAGAAGUGAAAAUGGGAGAGCCAGAGGUGUGCGAAAACCAGGUGGAGCCCAAAACAGAGGUGGAACCCAAUGCUUCCACUCAAGCGAAGGAAUCGGUUUGUGAGGGUCCUGAGAUCAAAUCGGAGCCAAUGGAAGUGGAGGAAAAGAAAACUGAAAUAAAAACGGAGAACAAAGAAGAGGAGGAAAACGGUGGCACCAAUGGUUCUCUUCAGUCCACUUCACCGUCUCAGCCACGGAAGAAGAUUUUUAAGCCUGAAGAACUGAGGCAAUCUCUGAUGCCCACACUUGAAGCCUUAUAUCGACAGGAUCCAGAAUCCUUACCCUUUCGCCAGCCUGUUGAUCCUCAGCUGCUUGGAAUCCCAGAUUACUUUGACAUCGUUAAAAACCCUAUGGACUUGUCCACUAUUAAACGAAAGCUGGACACUGGACAGUACCAGGAGCCGUGGCAGUAUGUGGAUGAUGUCUGGCUAAUGUUUAACAAUGCCUGGCUGUACAACAGAAAGACCUCCCGGGUCUAUAAAUACUGCAGUAAGCUUGCGGAAGUCUUUGAACAGGAGAUAGAUCCCGUCAUGCAAUCUCUUGGCUAUUGCUGUGGGGGCAAGUUUGAGUUCUCUCCUCAAACACUAUGCUGCUAUGGGAAGCAGCUCUGUACCAUUCCACGUGAUGCUGCCUACUUCAGCUAUCAGAAUAGAUACCACUUCUGUGAAAAGUGCUUCACAGAGAUCCAGGGGGAGAAUGUAACUUUAGGAGAUGAUCUUUCACAACCUCAAACUACAAUAUCCAAGGAGCAAUUUGAGAAAAAGAAAAAUGAUAUGCUUGAUCCAGAGCCUUUUGUGGACUGCAAAGAGUGUGGAAGGAAGAUGCAUCAGAUCUGUGUCCUACAUUAUGAUAUUAUUUGGCCAUCUGGCUUUGUCUGUGAGAACUGCUUGAAAAAAACAGGGAGAACAAGAAAAGAAAACAAAUUUUGUGCAAAGAGGCUCCAAACCACCCGACUAGGAAAUCACCUAGAAGAGCGAGUAAAUAAGUUCUUGCGGAGACAGAAUCAUCCAGAGGCUGGGGAAGUGUCUGUAAGGGUUGUGGCCAGUUCAGAUAAGAUUGUGGAAGUGAAACCUGGAAUGAAAUCCAGGUUUGUAGACACAGGAGAGAUGCCAGAAUCCUUCCCAUACCGUACAAAAGCUCUGUUUGCCUUUGAGGAGAUUGAUGGUGUAGAAGUGUGUUUCUUUGGCAUGCAUGUACAGGAAUACGGCUCUGACUGCCCUAUGCCCAACACCAGACGGGUAUAUAUCUCCUAUCUGGACAGCAUUCACUUCUUCAGGCCACGCAGCCUUCGAACUGCUGUGUACCAUGAGAUACUCAUUGGUUACUUGGAAUAUGUGAAAAAACUUGGCUAUGUCACAGGGCAUAUCUGGGCUUGCCCACCAAGUGAAGGGGACGAUUACAUCUUCCAUUGCCACCCAGCUGACCAAAAAAUCCCCAAGCCUAAGCGUCUGCAGGAGUGGUAUAAAAAGAUGCUGGACAAGGCUUUUGCUGAGCGCAUUAUUCAUGACUAUAAGGAUAUCUUUAAACAAGCAACUGAGGAUCGUCUCACUAGUGCCAAGGAACUUUCAUACUUUGAAGGAGAUUUCUGGCCUAAUGUUUUAGAGGAGAGCAUCAAGGAACUUGAACAAGAAGAAGAGGAGAGAAAGAAGGAAGAGAGUACAGCUGCUUGUGAGAUCCCAGAGGGCUGCCAAGGAGAUAGCAAAAACGCCAAGAAAAAAAAUAGCAAAAAGACCAACAAAAAUAAAAGCAGUAUGAGUCGCUCCAACAAGAAAAAAAUCAACAUGCCUAAUGUUUGUAAUGAUCUGAGCCAGAAGCUCUAUGCCACCAUGGAGAAGCAUAAAGAGGUGUUUUUUGUGAUUCAUUUUUAUGCUGGGCCAGUUAUAAAUUCCCUCCCACCCAUUGUGGACCCGGACCCACUCUUGAGCUGUGACUUAAUGGAUGGAAGGGAUGCAUUCCUUACUCUAGCUCGUGAUAAGCAUUGGGAGUUCUCAUCGCUGCGACGUUCCAAGUGGUCCACACUUUGCAUGCUGGUGGAACUACACACACAAGGCCAGGACCGCUUUGUCUACACCUGCAACGAAUGCAAACAUCAUGUCGAGACACGUUGGCACUGCACAGUGUGUGAGGAUUAUGAUCUGUGUGUGAACUGCUACAAUUUAAAGAACCAUGAGCACAAGAUGGUGAAAUGGGGUCUUGGGCUGGAUGAUGAAAGUAAUGGCCAGGGUGAUGCACAGUCUAAGAGUCCUCAGGAGUCCCGUCGGCUUAGCAUUCAGAGAUGCAUUCAGUCCUUGGUGCAUGCCUGUCAGUGUCGCAAUGCCAAUUGUUCCCUUCCCUCGUGCCAGAAGAUGAAGCGGGUGGUACAGCACACCAAAGGUUGCAAGCGCAAGACUAACGGUGGCUGCCCUGUUUGCAAGCAGUUGAUUGCCUUGUGUUGCUACCAUGCUAAGCACUGCCAAGAGAACAAAUGCCCAGUGCCCUUCUGUCUAAAUAUUAAACAAAAGUUAAGACAGCAACAAAUUCAACACCGGCUGCAGCAGGCUCAACUUAUGCGACGACGGAUGGCCACUAUGAAUACCCGAGCUGUUCCUCCGCAGAGCCUCCCAUCCCCUACCUCAGCAACUCCUGGAACACCUACACAGCAGCCGAGCACCCCACAAACUCCACAGCCUGCUCCACAACCAUCUCCAGUAAGCAUAGCUUCACCAGGCUUCCCCAGUGUUCAGAGGACUCAGCCCCCAAAUGUAGCAUCACAGGGCAAGCCAACAAUUCCAGUUCCACCCGUGCCUCCCACUCAGCCCACUGUGCAGCCCCCACCAGCUGCUGUGGCAGCUGCCCGGCAAAUAGAACUUGAGGCACAACAACAGCAGCUGUACAGGGUCACCGGCAUUUCAGAAGGGAUGACUAAUGCACGUCCUGGCAUGGUCAACCCAUCUGUUGGAUCUGUGAACCCCAUGCCGCAAAUGGGUAUGAAUGUGCCACGCCCUGGUCCCAUUGGUGCACCCCCUAUCAUGUCAGGAAUGCAGCCUGGGCAGUGGCCGGCAGCUCAGCUCCCUCAGCAACCUCAAAUGCAGCAGAGCAUCCAGCGACCAGUGAUGCAAAUGGCCACUCCACAGCAGGCAGUCGCAGGACCUCGUUUAUCAGGCGUACCACCACAGCAGGCACGUAAUAUAGCACCUGCACCUAAUGCCUUGGUGGAUCUACUGCGUACCCUCAAGUCACCAAGCUCUCCACAACAGCAGCAACAGGUGCUUAAUAUUUUGAAGUCCAAUCCACACCUAAUGGCAGCUUUUAUUAAGCAAAGGACUGCUAAAUAUGUGGCCAAUCAGCCUGCAAUGCAGCCCCAGCAAGUACCCCAGCAGCAGCCACAACAAGCUGGUAUGCAUCCACAAGCCGGCCUGCAGAACAUGAGCCCCAUGCCGGUUGGAGUGCCGAGGGCAGCUGUUCCUCAACAGCAGGGUCAAGGCAUUGGUUUGAUGAACACGGCUCAUAAUACUAACCUAGCAAAUAUCAACCCGCAAUACCGGGAGAUGUAUCAUCGACGACAACAACAGCAACAACUGUUGCAGCAGCAGCAACAACAACAACAACAACAGCAGCAGCAACAGAGUGGAGUAGGUAUGGCUGGGGGAUUGCCAGCCCAUGGGCAGUUCCAGCAACCCCAGGGAGCAUACCCACAACCACAAGCCUUGCAGCAGCAACGCAUGCAGCAUCUUUCUAUCCAGGGAGGUACAAUGGGACAGAUUUCACAGAUGGCACAGCCGGGCCUUGGCAAUGAAGGUUCACAGACAAGCCUCCAGCAUGCUUUGCAUCAACGUAUCCAGCAGCAGAUCAAGCAACAGAUUGCUUCAGGACAGGCUAAUUCUAUGAGCCCACAGCAACACCUUCUGACUGGCCAACCCCCCUCUUCCCAUUUACCCACUGGCCAACAAAUUGCAACUGCUCUAAGUAAUCAGGUGCGUUCACCAGCCCCUGUCCAAUCACCUCGGCCUCAGUCACAGCCGCCACAUUCCAGCCCUUCGCCCCGUGUACAGCCGCAGCCCUCCCCGCACCACGUUUCACCCCAGACAGGCUCUCCCCACCCAGGCUUGGCAGCCUCUAUGGGUAACUCCCUAGACCAGGGUCAUUUGGGAAACCCAGAGCAGAGCGCCAUGCUUCCGCAGCUUAACCCCCCCAAUCGUAGUGCCCUAACGAAUGACUUGUCCCUGGUCGGAGACACUUCAGGGGACACCUUGGAAAAAUUUGUUGAAGGGUUGUAGCAUCUGCAAAACGGCUGUGAACUGGAGGAACUUCAUCAAUGGAGGUUGGGGUUUUAGAACCCCAUACAUCUCCUGUUUUGUUAUAUAUAAAUAUAAAUAUAUAAAUAUCUUAUCUACCCCCUCAGUGGACAUUAUUUUAAAAUACAUUUGUUUUGCCUAUUCUUUUGCUGGGUCUGCACAUCAGGGAAACAGGGCCUCAGUCUGGACUGAGACCCAUGCCCCAUGCCUCCCUUUCUCCAGGCUAACCCAUGCGCUGCCAGAGAAGUUCUAUAGUGCGCUGUUGAGCAUCGCCACGCCCCCUUCUCUAGCAGUGGUUGCUAUGACAACUGGACAGAUUUGUUUUUGGGGAUAUUAGAGCAGUGAAAAUGACUGGUUCCUUGGGUCAUUUUUGUCUGGCAGUAAUAGUGCUUAACUGCCCUAGUUUUAUUCUCACUCUGGCCUCUUAUCCGUCAGCCAUCUUGUUCUGGCAGAGUGUAAUUACGCCGAUACGUGUAAUUUCUUUAUAUUUCUUCAUUUUUUGAGGACUGUCUUACUUGGGUGUUUUUUCAUCUUGCAGCUGCAGAGCCAAAAACAAUGGAAAAAGGGGGGUUGUUUUACCACUUGUAAUUGUAACAUAUUCUCCAGAAAUAUCCACAUUUCCAUUGGACUUCAAAAAAAGAGAAAUGGGGGGCUGCAGGUGCGCUGUAAAGAAACACAUUUUGAUUUUUUUUUUUUUUUUAAUUUUCUCUGCUCUAAUGUAUGACUACAGAAAAGCUCUUCCACCCAAGCCGAACCCCCCCUCCCUCUGUUUACAUUUUAAAAAGGAGUCAGAGGGAAAAGUCGUGCAAUCUGAUUUCAGCCUCAAAUCAAAAACUCUAAUUAUUUCUAUUUUAUUAUUAUUAUGUUUUUGUUUUUAUGGCUGGGGCAUGAGACAUACUAGUUCCUGCAAACAUUUUUUUGGGUGGUUGUAGUUAAAAAAAACAAACAAAAAAAACAAAAACAAAUUUCAAACAAUCACAAUGUUAAAUCAUGCAAGUUCUACCGGUAUAAAUAAGAAGAGCUUGGGAAAGAGACUCUGAAUCACUGUACAGAAUGUUAGAAGGAUUGAGAAACACAAUGGGAGCAUUUAUCUCGAUGACCUUAACUCUUUUGCUGCCAGAGGGGUCAAGCCGGGCUUCAUUGACCUCUCUGACAGUGGAGUGGAAAUACUGUCUUGACAGCAGCUAUUUUCUUGCCGAGUAAAAGUGUACAUGGUAUUAAAACUUCAGUGUUCUGGGAUUUUUUUUUUUUUUUUUUCAUCCUUUUUUUUUUUUGUUUUGUUAAUGAAAAUUCUGUUUUCAACAUUGUACGCUGGACUAUGCAUGUUUUUUUUUUUUAAUUGUAUAUAAAGUAUUGCUUAAAAUUGAUAUAAAUUACUGAAAUUUUUA